AUGAAAGAAGCGCGUCCGGAUCUUUAUUAUCAACUUCUAAUGAGAGCUCGACUGGUAUCAAAGGAUAUCAAACAAAUUGAUCUCGAUAUAAACAGAACCUAUAGAGACCAUAUCUCGUUUAGAAGACGUUAUGAUGUGAAACAGCAAUCUCUAUUAAAUGUUCUCGCCGCUUAUUCUAUGUAUAAUACAGAAGUUGGUUACUGCCAGGGAAUGAGCCAAAUCGCCGCUCUCUUUUUAAUGUAUCUAGAUGAAGAAGACACUUUUUGGUGUAUACAUGCGUUAAUGGUGGGUAAAAAGCAUACGAUGCAUGGAUUCUUUGUUCCCGGUUUUCCAAAAUUAUCGCGUUUCGAGGCUCAUUUCAAGAAGGUGCUCAAGAAGUAUCGACCACGGGUAUACAAGCAUUUAGAAAAGAGUGACAUUCCUUAUAUUUACCUCACCAAAUGGUGGUUUGGAUGUUUUCUUGAUCGGGUACCGUUUUCAUUAGCACUGAGGUGAGG